GAGUAUGCUGCAGAAGUAGGGCAAUAGUAAGUUGAGGAAAGGGUAGCCUUCCCUACUCAAAAAGAGCAGGUUUGCAUUGCAAGCAAAACUCCACUUCCUCAGUCAUAAUCUAUUUAACUUUUAUGUACUCAUAUGCUACCAAUUAAGCAAAAAUGUAGUAUGGUCAGGGACUAUAAUGAGCUAGCUAUACAUUUUAUUUUUAAAAAAACAAAAAUUUGCUUUGCUCACCAGUGAGCAUAAUAUAUAUGAAUAAAGAUUUCCCCAACAACUUAUUAUUACAAAACCAUGUGAGAGGAAUCAUGGAAGCUAUCAAAUAUAAACACACCUAGCCAACAUCUUAUAAUUUCUCUUCCUUGUAUAUAUUCAUCAAGCCUUUAGUCUUAUAAAAUGUCAAUCUUCUUUUAUUCUCCUAACUCUCAACAUGAAAAACUUGGUCACUACUUUGUUUAUUUACUUCUUAGUAAUCUUGUUUCUCUGCAAUAAACAUAGCAAAUAUGUUGUGGGUUUUAGACCACAACGGCGAGGAGGCAGAUCAACAAGAUUCUAUGAUUUCAAGGUUUAAUUUCUUUUAUCAAACAAAUGGUAUUUACUUGUCACUGAAGUCUUUUUUUUUUUUUCAGGUGCAAACUACUAGGAUUACUAAGUUAUGUAACACUAAAGACAUUCCAACCAUCAAUGGAAUGUAUCCAGGUCCAGUUGUUUAUGCUCAAGAAGACGAUAAAGUUAUCGUCAGAGUUACCAAUGAAUCCCCAUACAAUAUCACAAUCCACUGGCAUGGCAUCCGUCAGAGGCUAUCGUGUUGGUCUGAUGGCCCUUCUUACAUUACACAAUGCCCCAUACAAACUGGACAAAACUUCACUUAUGAGUUCACUUUGGUACAACAGAAGGGCACAUUUUUCUGGCACGCUCAUGUUUCGUGGCUUCGAGCCACUGUUUAUGGUGCCAUUGUUGUUUACCCUAACAAUGGUGUUCCUUACCCUUUCAAGUUCCCAUAUGAAGAGCAUAUUAUUAUUUUAGGAGAGUUUUGGAUGAAGGACAUGGUGCAAAUUGAGCAGGCAGUUUUAGCUAGUGGCAGAGCCCCACCACCGGCUGAUGCUUUUACCAUCAAUGGCCAACCCGGCCCUAAUUAUAAUUGCUCUGCUGAUGAUAUUUUUAAAAUAGAUGCGGUUCCAGGGAAGACAUACUUGUUAAGGUUAAUCAAUGCAGCUUUGAACCAGGAGCAUUUCUUUGCCAUUGCAAAUCACAGAUUGACAAUUGUUGAAGUUGAUGCAGAGUACACAAAGCCAUUGACCACAGACCGAGUCAUGCUCGGGCCGGGGCAAACCCUAAACGUCUUAGUCACAGCAGAUAAACCUAUAGCAAGAUAUUCAAUGGCCAUGGGACCUUAUCAAUCUGCUAAGAAUGUCUCAUUUCAAAACAUAACAGCAAUAGCUUACUUCCAGUAUUUUGGUGCCACAGCAAAUGGCUUAAGUUUACCUGCAGCUUUACCACAUUUUGAUGAUAAUCUUGCCGCUAAGACAGUCAUGGACGGGCUUAGAAGUCUUAAUCCUGUUACUGUUCCUAAAGAUAUUGACAGAAACCUAUUCGUUACAAUUGGACUAAACGUGCAAAAAUGUCGGUCCAAGAAUCCCCAAAAAGAUUGUCAAGCUAAAGGUGGUGGAGUCAUGGCUGCUUCCAUGAAUAACAUCAGCUUUAGUAAACCUAACAUCUCAAUUUUGGAAGCGUACUACAAGAACAUCAGUGGGUACUUCACUCAAGAUUUUCCUGGGGUACCCCUGAAGUUCUAUGAUUUUGUGAAUGGGGCACCUAAUAACCCUCCUAAUGACACAAAUUCACUGAAUGGAACUAGGACCUAUGUCCUUGACUAUGGGACCAAGGUUCAACUGAUCCUACAGGACACCAGCACCGUCUCCACGGAGAACCACCCUAUUCAUCUUCAUGGCUACAGCUUUUAUGUUGUGGGUUAUGGUACCGGAAACUAUGAUCCAGAUACAGCCAACUUCAAUCUGGUGGAUCCACCAUAUAUGAACACAAUUGGAGUUCCAGUAGGUGGAUGGGCUGCCAUUCGAUUCAUUGCUGACAAUCCAGGUAAUAAAUUAGAAACUAAAUUUCAUCUCAUAAUUAUGACAGUCCGUUGUACUAAACUCACGGAUGGACCAUUUUCAUGCACAGGGGCAUGGUUUAUGCACUGUCAUUUGGAGAUACAUUUAUCUUGGGGCUUAUCGGUGGUGCUCAUUGUGAAGAAUGGGGAAGGGCCAUUAGAAAGACUUCCUCAUCCUCCAAAAGACUUGCCCAGAUGCUAGAUAUAUGUGAUGUUUAUUAGGGUGGAGGUUGAUAACAACAAACCUGGAAAGUUUAUAUGUUUCCAAUUGGAGAUUCUUUGACCCACCAAGUGUGCAAUAGCCGAUACACUUAUUUUAUUUAUUCAAAGAAUUGGCAAUUGUUGACAUUUAUAAGUUUGUGUAAUAGAAUCGGAACUGGUCUCUCAUGCUCA